CAAGGGAAGCAGAUUGGUGUUCCGAUUAGAAGAGACACGAUAGUGGAUAUUGCGAUUAGAGAGUAUUCAUGGAUGGCAUAUGUGGCAUUCGAUUACGCAAGAGACUCUCGGAUCCGCCCGGCGUGGUUGCGAGAUUGUCGAUCAACCACGAUCGAUGACGAAAAGCGACAUCAAGGAGCAAGGAGUCGUGUCAUCGAUACACUAAGAAGAACAACCAGUCGAUACCUAGACAGAUAUCUCGCUAUCACUCGCUCACGCUGCAAACAUGUCUCAACUCGUUCCCUGGUUUCGGGACACUCAGGGUUACCUCUUCCAGACGAUCCCGCAUCCGACCUACCUCCCUUUCCCCGUCCUCGACCUCUUGGGAGCCAUCCGGUUGAGCGUGUUCGUCGACCAAUACGUCCGAGGAAAGGCAAAGAUUCCGGAUGACAAGAUCGACGAAGGCGGACGACGGCCUACGUUCCUGCAAGAGGCGUUUGGGAUCGCCGUAUUGAUCUUUGGAGGAGAAAGUUGUUUAGCUGCUUGGUUGGGUAUCUUGCCUAGCUGGUUGCAAUCGCCAAACGGUCUCAUCCUCUUCUGCGGCAUGCACUACCUCAUCUCCCGUACACCCUUCAACCGCCUGAUCCCCCGCAAACCUCUCCUCUCACAUGAACUCCCUCUUUCGCUCUUCGACUCCCUGGGAAGAGCUUUGGUCCUCACCACCUUUUCCUUCGAACUCAUCCGGUCCCACAAAGACCCUCUGAUCAGCACCAACCCUUACCUGAUGGUCCUCUCGGCGUGGAUCAUGGUCGUACCCUCCGCUUCGGCGUCCUUCGCCUUCGGGCUCUUUGAGAAAGAAUGGACGCUCUCCACUCCAGGGGAACUCAAGCCGGACGGGUGGAAGGCGGUUGACUUUUGGGCACCGGUGGUCAUCGCCUGGUUGUACGGAGCGUUGACCCAGGCGCAUCCGGUCUUCCUCGCUCCUGUUACUCUCUUUGGGGCUUUUAUCCCGGGUAUGGGGAUCAUGACGGAGUCUACGAGUAUAAAGACAGGAUCGGUGCCAGGACAGAGGAUCGCGAUGUUCAAACCGUGGGACAAGCUCGAUGCCAGGGCUCUUUGUGCGGUCAUCCUGGCCGUCUUGUUCGCACUGCGGGCGAUCUACAACUUCGGAGGUAUUCCGCAGGAUACGGAGAGCAAGGUCGUUACAGGAGAGAAAGGUGAGUGUCUGAUUUCUCGAGAACCAUAUCAUCCCGUACGAUCAGCAAAGAUCCAGGAUGAAUAGCUAAAUGAAGUGUGGCGCGAUAUCCGUGAUUUCCAGUCGCAAUAGCCGAGCCUUCGACGCCGGUCAAGAAGAGCAAGAAAAAGUCUUACUAGACGGGUCUCAUAUAGUAGAACCCAGGAAUUUCAGUCUGUCUGUCCGGGUUGCGUAUAGCGUUGAGUACCAAAUUAUCAUACUUCCACAGAUGACGACUGUAUUAGCAUAGAUAUGCCGAUCCAACCUGAGAGGCAGGCGGGAGGUCCCGUCCAGAUAUCCUUGUCGCUGCAAGACGGCCACACGCCAACUCCUG